GAGCCCAAGGCUGCCAAGCUUAACCUGUUCAGGAGGAAUAACGCCUGUAUGAAGACUAAGGAGGAGGAAGAGAAGGAGAUCCAAUAUGAGGACCCCCCGGAUGGUGGCUGGGGCUGGAUGAUUGUACUUCACUGCUUCCUGGUACGGCUUCUUCUUUCCUCCUCUUUGGGUUUUUGGAGGUUUACGAAAUGUUUAUCUAUUGGACAUGUUUCUAGCAUUUCUUGAAAUAAUUGUUGAUAUGUUAUACAAUUACACAGGGUUGGGGUCAAUUCCAUGUCAAUUUGGAAAGUAAACCAAAUUCCAAUUCUAGCAUUGAAGUGAAUUGGAAUUGGAAUUGUAGUGUACUUCCUGAAUUGACUGGAAUUUAAAAGGAAUUGACCCCAACCGUGCAUGGUUGUGGUGUGGCAGACCAUGUGCUCACAUGUUGGUUUGUGUGUGUGUGUGUGUGUUUGUGCCUGCCUGUCUGCCUGUCUGCAUCCCUCCCUCCCUCCGUCUGUCUGUGCCUCCAGGUGAACGUGCUGGUGAUGGGGACCCUAAAGAGCUUUGGGAUCUUCUUCGUGGCGUUCCAGGAUGAGUUCGGAGGGUCAGCAGAGAGUAUCAGCUGGAUCGGCUCCAUCAUGUCUAGCCUGCGGCUCUCUGGAGGUCAGAGUUCACAUGACAGGAAAACAUUCAGAAUUCUACUGUAUGUGUGUGUGCACGUGUGUGUUUGUGGGGAAGUCAGAUUUGUUUGUGUGUGUGUGUGUGUGUGUGUGUGUGUGUCUCGCUCAAGGUCAGAGUUCACAUGAAACCAAAGUCUGACCGCAUCACUCGUCCCUCUGGGUCUGGGGUCUGGCUCUUGUGUUGCAUCGCCUUAACCACUGACAACAUCUGACGCCUAGUCUUUCUGACUAAGAGCUUAGUGGACGGACGGAUGGAUGAACAAAUUAUGGAACACAUUUUCAAGUUUGUCUGUUUGUUCCUGUGUUAGGUCCCCUGGCCUCUGUAGCGUGUGCGAAGCUGGGUAACAGAGUGACCUCUAUAGCUGGGGCUGUGCUGGUCAGUGUUGGCUUCCUCAUGAGUAUCUUUGCCACCAGCGUGGUAUUCCUCUAUAUCAGCAUGGGGCUGAUUGUAGGUAAGUUAACAAGUUAAAAGCUCAAACAGUUAAAAGAGGUUAAAGGUUAAAGGUUAAAGUGCUAUCCGUGCUACAAAGCAGAGUAGCCCUGGGUCCAAAUACUUAAUAGUUUACUUGAAAGUAUUUGUCUUUAGGUAUUUGAUAUACUAGAACUUAGUUGUUGUUUUUUUGUCUAGCAUUUGUAAUUUGGUGACAAAUCACAUGUUUUUAAUGAAGAAAUCUGAAUCAUAAGUAUAUGAUCAUAAAUAUGUCAUCUAUCCCCUCUCAGGCCUUGGAUUUGCGCUCCUGUACCAAGCCACCUCAGUUGUCACGGCAACAUAUUUCCGUAAGAGGUUAGCGACGGCAUACUCCAUCGGACGGUCUGGGAUGGGCUUGACCUUCGCCCUCGCCCCCUUCACUCAGCUUCUGCUGGAGCAGUACGCAUGGCAAGGUACACACACACACACUACGUCUGUUGGGGUGUGGGAAGUAUUUAAUGAUUCAUCAUUUAAUUAUGUAUAUCUCUGUGUCUGUUACAUAAUAUGCCAUUUAGCAGACGCUUUUAUACAAAGCGACUUACAGUCAUGUGCGCAAUCAUUUUUACGUAUGGGUGGUCCCGGGGAUCGAACCCACUACCCUGGCGUUACAAGCGCCGUGCUCUACCAGCUGAGCUACAGAGGACCAUGUCUACUGUAUCAAAAUGCUAUUCUAGAUUGAUGCUGUAAAGAGCCUGAAACACUUCUAUGCUCCUCCCACAGGAGCUCUGCUGAUCCUGGGAGGCUUGAUGUUGAACCUGGUGGCCUCUGGGAUGCUACUAAGACCCAUCCACGUGAAGCCUGCACCACCCCCGUCCUCAACCUCCUCUUCAUCCAUCCAAAAAAGCCCUCUGAUAGGUCCAGAGAAGGAAAAGGACCGACCUCAGAAUGGAUCCACGGCGUUAACCAAUGGCAUCGCCAAAUCAGACCCUUCCUCUUCCGCUCCUCCACCCCUCCACUGGGACACCACGACCCCAGAGAAGGCCACGACCCCUGGGCUGGGACAGAGCAACCACAGCCACCAGAACAGGCAGGUGAACGGGAACGUUAAGGAGGCGUCCCCCACCAUGCCACUCACAGGCACCUCCAGUCCUGUGGAACAGAACGGUACCAUUAGCAUAAACGGUUCCGCCGUGGUUGGGUUCUCAUCGCCGAACGGCACCACCACCGUGGACAACCCCAUCCCACCGGCCGUGAACAAGAACAGAGUCCUGGACUUCUCCCUGUUGAAGAACCCCUUCUUCUGCAUCUACACCUGGUCCCUGGUGUUCAGCCAGCUAGCAUACUUCAUCCCCUAUUUCCACCUGUCUGCCCGGGCCAGGAACCUGGGCAUCGACGCCAUGGACGCUUCCUUCAUCAUCUCUGUGGCAGGUGAGUCUCACCUGGUCAAAUCAUAA